ACCUUUCUAUAUAAUUUGUUUUUGUACAAUGUCCCUCGACUUUUAUUUUGAAACUCACUACCGGAAGCUCUGUGUUAUUUCCCAAUCACUCACAGCCUUACUCUUCCGGAAAGUGUAACUAGUUUGCAGAAGGAGAGCAGCCUCUCUGUUCUGAAGACAUGAUGGCAACAUGGCGGCCUUCUCCUCUGCCGCUGCUGAUUCUCUUGUCGUGGAGCUGUGUGUCCGUUCAGAGCAGCAAGACCAACUUCGUCCUGAUGAUGGUGGACGACCUGGGGAUUGGAGACCUGGGCUGCUAUGGCAACACAACACUGAGGACCCCCAACAUUGACCGGUUGGCCCAGGAAGGGGUGAAGCUGACUCAGCACAUCGCUGCAGCGAGCCUCUGCACCCCCAGCAGGGCGGCGUUUCUCACCGGCAGAUACCCGAUACGAUCAGGUGUAGCUGGUGAUAUCAGACCUGGAGUUUUUAUAUUUAACGCAGCGUCUGGAGGACUUCCCAGCCAAGAGGUGACGUUUGCUAAGAUUGCCAAACAGCAGGGCUACGAGACCGCUCUCAUCGGAAAAUGGCACCUAGGACUCAACUGUGAGAGCAGUGACGAUCACUGCCACCACCCGAGCAACCACGGCUUUGACUACUUCUUCGGGAUCCCUUUAACCAACCUGCGGGACUGCCAGCCCGGACACGGCACCGUGUUCCGGAUCUAUAAAUAUUUACCGUACGAGACAGUGGGCAUCGUCCUGCUCACUGCAGCCUUCCUUCACUACAGAGGAGUGAUCACGGUCAGCAGAGGGCUGCUCCGGAUCCUGCUCUCUCUGUCGGCUGCCGCCACUUGUCUGACUGUGGGAUUCAUCAUGAUGAUCCCGUACCUCAACUGUGUCCUCAUGAGGGACCACAGGGUUGUGGAGCAGCCGUUCACAUCUGAAAACCUGACCCAGAGGAUGACUCAUGAGGCCGUGGACUUCUUGGAGAGGAACUCUGCGAGACCGUUCCUGCUGUUUUUCUCUUUCAUCCAGGUGCACACAGCCAUGUUUGCUUCGGCAGAAUUCAGGGGAACGAGCAGGCACGGCAUCUACGGAGACGCUGUGCACGAAGUGGACUGGAGUGUAGGUCAGAUCAUGCAGACUCUGGACACACUGAACCUGAGAGAAAACACUCUGGUUUACCUGACCUCAGACCAGGGGGCGCAUCUGGAGGAGAUCUCUGUCGGUGGGGAAGUGCACAGAGGGUCCAAUGGAAUGUAUAAAGCAGGGAAGUCCACAAACUGGGAGGGAGGAAUCCGAGUCCCGGGAAUUCUGCGGUGGCCGGGGAACAUCCCCGCCGGCAGAGAGGUUGACGAGCCCACCAGCAACAUGGACCUGUUCCCCACGGUGGUGAAGCUGAGCGGAGCCUCUGCCCCACAGGACCGGGUGAUAGACGGUCACGACCUCAUGGAUCUCCUUCAGGGCAGGGUGGACCGCUCCAACCACGAGUUUCUGUUCCAUUACUGCAACGCCUUCCUGAACGCAGUCAGAUGGCAUCCCCAAAACAGUAGCUCCGUGUGGAAAGCCUUUUACUUCACCCCGAACUUCUACCCAGAGAACGGGACAGCCUGCUUCCACACACAAGCCUGCUUCUGCACGCCGGGCUUCGUGACCUACCACGAUCCUCCGCUGCUCUUCGACCUCUCCAGGGACCCAUCAGAGAGCACGCCGCUCACUCCCAGCACCGAGCCCGCCUUUUACCCGGUCCUGGCUGCGAUGGAGGAGGCCGCUGAGAAGCACCGGAGCUCCGUGGAGCCGGUGGAGAGCCAGAUGUCGGUGAUGAACCUGAUCUGGAAGCCCUGGCUGCAGCCGUGCUGCUCCACACUCACACAGCUCUGCGAGUGCCAGCAGGACCAAUAGGUAUUAAGAGAGGGGGAUUUCAGGGUUUAUACCUGCAAACACUUUCACAGCAACAAGUCUGAUUGGUUGACGUGAAUGAUUGGCAUCAGCACUGAUGUGGAAACCCUCCAGAGCUAUGAUUCUAUUGUGUUUUUUUAUUUCAAAGUAAACGUAGAAUUUUCUGGCCCGGCCCUCAGGAAGCAAACGUUUGUUUUGUCUGGGAGCUUGUUGAGCUUUUGUUUAUUAGUUUCCCUUUCAGGAUGGAUCUCCCAGCAGCCCCCUGACUGAGAAAGAACGUCUGCUGUGGUAAUGUGGUUACUGCGGCAAUCACAUUUCCCGAAUGACUUUAGACGUGAGCAGAAGCACAACGCAUGAGUGUUUGCAAGUUGCAUACCUGCGAGGAUUUCCCUUCCUCUGUGGAAAAUGAUACUUUGUUGUUGUUGGUGUUCAAGCUAUGUGUGUAACAGACUGGUUCUGCUCUUUCCGGUUCAUGUUGCAGGUGUGGCUUUGCAUGGCUGUAAUGUGAAGUCAGACUAAUGAAGCUGUCCUGUUUUCCAUACUUCAGUGUUUCAUUACUGAGGAGGAAUUUUCCUACAAGAAUAGCCAAAACAAAAAGUAUAAAGAACACAAGCCGGGGAAUCUUUUCCCCCCGGGGGGAAUCUGUAAAUUAAGGGAAGCUUUAAUUGAGCCUCAUUAAUGGAGCCAGCAGGUGGGCUUGCAUAACGCUCGAGUGGAAACACUACUGGGUACAUCUGUGUGUCAUGGCUUACAUAUGAAAGCUAUUUAAGGUGUUGAUGUUUCUUUUUAUAUGGUAAUUAUGUAUUUUUACGGUGCCUCAGCAUCAGUUAUGAGUCAAUUAGCGCUGUGUAUUUGAAAUGUUCAGAUUACCAGUGUUGGUACCCUAACUUGAGUUUCAGUAACAUAAAGUCACAAACUUUUUUCUAUUUGACAAUAAUAACAAGGAUUGUUAAAUGUGUUAAGGGGCCAUAUCGGGCUCCUUUUCAGGUUCAUGAUGGUAUUUUCUGUGACAUGUUCACAUGCUUUAAUGUUAAAAAAGGACAGUUUUUUAAUUCUGCAGUGAUUCAUGAUUUCUUGCUACAAAACGGCUCAUAUGUUCUUUUAAAUCAGUGAUUUAAAUGGAUUGAUAUUAGAAUAGGAAGUUAAGUGAAGUAUCGCCUAUAAAGCUGUAUUUUACUGUAGGGUUUUAUAGUUUGAAAAAAGCAUAUGGUAGUUUUGUGCCAAAGGGAAAGCACUCCUUACCAUGGGAGAACUUUCCCACAGCGGAGUAUAGAGUCAGGAUCCUCAUGUAGUUGCUUUUGUCUCUUUGAAAUACAGUACACGCUGCAGGACUCUACUCUAUUGAUGUCCGAUACCAAGCCCGGGUCUUCCUGCUGUUCUGAUAUGUUGUAGUAAAUUAAAGAAAGGUCCUAUGUAAUGUUCCACUUGGCUCCUUUGGGGCAUAGAUAGUACAACAUAAUCAAUUUGCCUCGUUCCUUGUAAAUCUCUCUUCAUUGAAGCAGCGUCUCCGUCCGUCCUGAGGGUGGAGCACCCGUCUGAUAGAGAACCCGCUCACGCACAGACACCCAGACGAAAUGUCCGGCACUUCAAAGACGAAGCUCCAUCCCCGGCAUCCUGAGGGAGCUCCCAACAUCCAUGAUGGCGGAGUGGACUUCCUGCUGCAAUAUCCAAUGUGUUUCCCCUCAGUGCUUCGAGCUAGGUGAGUUAAAUGCCUCCUUGGAAAAUUGAUGAGGAGCUCACAUGAGGGCUUUUUUAUCAUGUCGAGCUGCAGAAGAAAGGGCCCACAAUGUGAUGGAAAAUCCUGUUGGCUUUUUGCUAAAGGAGCCCUCCCGAUGCUAACUUUUAGCCUACAAAAAGACAUCAUCACUGCACCACUCUGGAUCCUAACGAACAAGAACAAAAAACAAUAUUUUAAAACUUUUAUUUUCUUAAAAACAACUGAAAUCACAAGGGGAAUAAAUAUAUUAAAAUCCAUAAAAUUCA